AACUGCCUGCUUGGCCGGGGAUCAGCACAAUAGUAGUCGUUGUGGAGGUUGUGGAACUCGCUCUUUCUGCUCUGACUCCGAAUUAAUCAGUUCUCGAAAGCUAGAAGAAGAGAGCAUUUCUUUGAUUCAAGCUUAGCCGUCCGAGUUCGCAGUAUUCAUCCAUUCUGAGUGGUGCAUUUUCUGUUUCUGCUUUGUUAGGAGCUUCCAAAAUGUUGCAAUGGAUGGGAGGAUCGAGGAAGAAAGUGACAACUUCAAGGAAGUCCAUACAGAAGAGGUACGAAAAAUUUUGAUUUCUGUAUGUUAAAGCAAAAGAAAUACUUUGAACAACGGAGACGGCAAAUGCACCAGCAAACAGCUGGGUUGGAGAGCUCUGUAGGGGGAGAACACAAAUGUUUGGAAAAUUACAAAGAGCAUCGGUCACUGGAUGUUCUCAAUUUGCUAAGCUUUUCAGCAAGUUCCCAAAACUGCAAGUCUAGUUGCCCCAGUGGAAGGGAAGAUCCAAUUGUCAAUGGUUCAACAGUCAAGAAUCAUGUCACUGCAGAUCCAUCAGCAAUUCGAGCCAGCACAAUCUGUCCUGUAGAUUCUUAUGAAAUUAGGGAAGCAAGCUCUCUGUCAGGCAGCCAAGUGGAGACUGUAUCCACAAAGAAGGUUCUGCUUGGUUCUUCACAUGAUCACAGCAAUGCUUUCAAUGGAACCAACAAUAAACAGGACUUUUGGGGGAAAGCAACUCAACAACAAUUAUCAUUUUUUGAUUUGCUUGGUGAUGAUGAAUCAAAUAGAAAUUUGGAAGGAACUCCAGAAGCUCAUGUUGCAUUUUCAGUUGAUGGUUUGGGUAAAGUCGGAACAAAAACACCCCCGCACUCACCACGACAACCUGACAGAUGUAGGAAAUAUAUUUGUUUUUCUGAUGUGGUUGCCAAUUCCUCCACUUACACCAGAUAUGUUACCUAUGGUUGUUCCUCACCAUUCAAGGCUGUAAGGCAAUUAAACUCAUCAAGGAACCUUAAUUGUGUGCUGAAUGACCUUGAACUUGAAGUGGACGCAAUAAUUCAAGAUAUUGAAAUGCCUAUAGUUGGAGGUUCCAUAGAAUUUUCAACAUUGAUUGAGGAUUCAUGUGGCAAGCUAAAGAAGAAUUUAUCUGAGGUCAGAGAUCACAUGCAACUUGGUGGCCAGGGUAGUAAAGUAAGAAGCACAUUCUCUAUUGGAAAAGCAUUUUGUAACACUGGAAACGACAAUGAAGACUUAUGGGAUGCUAGGUCUGGUUUAUUAGAUGGCAAUUUUCUUCAUGAAAGGCAAUGUGAUAUGUCCUGGAAAGGUUGGCAAUGUCAUCCAGAUGGUGAUUCUGUAGACUUUUUGAAAUAUGGAAAUGAUGAAAUACCAAAUCAUGCUUUUGGACGUCCCUAUCAGAUGAAGAAGAGGGAUUGUAUGAAAGCAACAAAAAGAUUCAAUUUGUUAGAUUCGUCUGCUCAAAACCACCAAACAUCAGAAAACGAUUACAAUUUCUUGACUUUGAAAGAGACAAGGCGUCAUUUGCUGGGCAUAGAUUUUGACUUUGGAGAUGUAACUGCACAUCCUGAUUGGUCUUGCUUUGUUUUGGAAGAUGCAAAGGAAAGUUUGAGUUUGUUGAGUGAGGAGUCAUGCUCAUCCACAGCAGUGAGGGGCGAGGAGAGUGAUAUUUCAAAAGUGAACUCCAAAGCAAGAGACAACAGAAGACAGCAAAAUGCUUUUGUUGGCCCUGACAUUAAGCAUGGUGAUAAAAGCAUACUUGCCAAAGAAAAGCAUUUCAAAAAUAAGGAUGACCUUCAGAAAGGAAGCAAUGCUCAUUGGUCAGGAAAAUGUACACAGAUGCCAACUUUGUUAAAGGCCCAAUCAACCCAUAACCUAAUUUAUCUUUCCCAGGGGAAAAUAGGACAACAUGGGAGUUGGUUGUUUCAAGAAGGAUAUAGUUCAGCCCAUAUGGACUUGGAUUACAGUUCUGUAUGUCAAACCUCCAAAACAAAACUUCCUUCCUCAGGGUCCAAGCCUUUCAAUGAAGAUACUUUUGAUAUAUUCCCUGUCCCUGAGCCACAUAUUGAAGCCAAGUUCUCUUUAGGUAGAUCCAAACAUGGUAGUCCUUUUAAAUCUUCACCUCAUGGCGGUUGCAUCUCUGAAAACUAUGCUUUUUUUCAACAAUCUUGUCAGAAACACUCUAAUGCUUCCUCUACGUUAUCAAAUUUUGAGAAUGGGGCAACCAAGCCAGAUAUUUUUCCAGAGUCUUCAGAUUUUGAGUUGGAAAGCCGGCCUCCACAUUCAUCACAAGAUGCUGUUUCUGAAGGAGAGAAAUUGAUUUUCGAUUUAUCUGCUCUUAGAAGUAUGAGCAAAGAUAAGAAAAAUAGAACAGAAUCUCAGCAAGCCAACCAUGACAAUAUCAAGCCUCAAAAAGAAAUUUUUACUGGGAAGAACUUGAAGGUGAAGUAUUCUUUAGAUUCAGAGGAAGCUGGCCCUAUGUGCAAGGAGUUGAAGGAUGGAACCUCAGAGACAUCAUCUUCUGCAAAGAUCUCUGACAAAUCUGAAAGCAGUGUAGAUGGUAGAACAUCACCAUGAUUAUGAAGUUCCUUUUUGUCAAGAUGGGAACAAAG